GCAUGCGCUCAUUUUACUAGCAGCACCUCUCGAUCCGUACAGCACGCGGAGUGGGAUAAAAUAUAACAAAACGUUGUACCUGCUUAAAGGAGCCGUGGUCUGUGUGGUACCACCAACCAACUCACCGCGUUUUCAAAGAAAACCUCCAUUGCUUGGAUCUUGAACGGAAAAUAUUGAAAGUGGUUUUUAUAAAGAAGGAACUGAGAAACGACUUUAACAAGUGGAUACUGUAGGUUAGUGGUACUUUUGCAGACGCCGAAGAGAUAUAUAAACGAGAUUACUCGGCAAGGAAGAUGAGAAAAACAAUACCUGCAAAUUAGGACCAGCUGCUCAGGACUUCUACAGAAGUGGUCCAUUGGACAAGAAUGGCUUGAUUUUUUUUUGCGUGAAUGAUGGGCAGAUUUUGACAGCAGCACUCAUGCUUCACGGAAAGAAAAAGAAAGUUUGUUGCGUCUGAUUUGGAUAUUAUAUUCUGAGACACGUUGUGUUGUCUAUAUUUCUAUAAAUCGGCGAGACCACCUGUUUGGUGUCGGAUAUUCAUCAUGUCCAAAGUGAUCCAAAAGAAGAAUCACUGGACCACUAAAGUUAACGAGUGCGCGGUCCUCAAAGACGCUCGCGGUGACUUAAAUGUGCAAUUGCUCGGUGGUGCGGAGAACGGAGAGUUCGCCUACAUCGGACAAGUUAACGAUGGUAUCGUGGUUUACAAAAAUGGAAAAUUAACAGAGGGGGCGUUGAUAUUGGAAGUAGAGAACCUCUCGAUCUCUGGGUUGCCCCUGUAUGAUGUACGGACAGUGAUAAAGAAUUGCAGUGGUCCCAUCAGAUUGAGAACGGUCAGACAAGGAAACAAGCUGAAUAAGGACCUGAAGCACUAUCUGAGCCAGCGAUUCCAGAAGUCCUCUCCGGACCACGAGCUGCAGCAGACCAUCCGAGACAACCUCUACCGCCACGCCGUGCCUUGUACAACCCGUCCCCCGCGUCACGGAGAGGUCCCUGGGGUCGAUUACAACUUCCUGCCGGUGGAGGACUUCCUGGCGCUGGAGCAGAGGGGAACCCUUCUGGAAAUAGGAACAUAUGAAGGUAACUAUUAUGGAACACCCAAGCCACCGAGCCAGCCCCCUAGUGGGAAAGUGAUUGCUAGUGAUGCUUUGCAAGACAGCCUCCCGGGCUCCCAGCACUCCACUCCCCGACGCACCAAGUCCUACAAUGAGAUGCAAAAUGCUGGAAUAGUGCCUGUAGACCUGGAGGAGGACGAGGAACUCCCGGAGAUGAACAGUAGUUUAACAGGAGACUCAAGUGAACCCGACGAGCACCCCUCCGUGCGCCCCUACGCCCUACGUGAGAACGCCCCGUCCUACGGUGUGAUCAACGCGUCGUCAUCCACCACGGACGGCUCUCAGCAGACACACACACACCUCAGCCAUCCUCCCACAGAGGAGGACCCCCUGGGACCUCUAGCUGAUAACUGGGAGAUGGCAUACACAGAGAACGGAGAGGUCUACUUUAUAGACCACAACACAAAGACCACAUCCUGGAUCGACCCCCGGUGCCUCAACAAACCUCCUAAACCCCUGGAAGAAUGUGAAGACGACGAAGGGGUACACACAGAAGAGAUGGACAGUGAGCUAGAGCUGCCAACAGGCUGGGAGAAAAUAGAGGACCCAGUCUACGGGCUUUACUAUGUGGAUCACAUCAACAGGAAGACCCAGUAUGAGAACCCUAUACAGGAAGCUAAGCGACGGAAGCAGCUCGAGCAACAGCAGCCACCAGAAGGUGAGCGCUACAUCCGAGAAUGGAUAGAGGAUGCUACCAUGGCUGGUGCCCCCCUGGCCAGCUAUACCGCCAACCACCAGGAGACCUACAGGGAAACCCAAGCCAGACCCCCACUGCCGCCCCUCAUUGGGCCAAAACGAGGGAAGCCCUUCUUCACGCGGAACCCGGCGGAGCUGAAGGGAACCUUUAUCAACACCAAACUAAGGAAGAGCCACCGAGGGUUUGGCUUCACAGUCGUCGGGGGUGACGAGCCUGAUGAGUUCCUACAGAUCAAGAGUCUGGUUCUGGAUGGACCUGCUGCCAUCGACGGCAAGAUGGAGACAGGUGACGUGAUCGUGAGUGUCAAUGACACGUGCGUGCUGGGCUACACCCACGCUCAGGUGGUGAAGGUCUUCCAGACCAUCCAGAUCGGCUCCAUCGUCAACCUGGAGCUGUGCCGCGGCUACCCCCUGCCCUUUGACCCAGACGACCCCAACACUAGCCUGGUGACCUCCGUGGCCAUCGUGGACAAGGAGCCUAUCAUCAUCAACGGCCAGGAGAGCUACGACUCUCCGUCCAGCCACGGCAGCCAGACCGGAGGCCCCGUUAAUGGGAUGAGAGAGUCAGGACCCCACAGCCCCUCCUCUGCCGAGGUGGCAUCCAACGGCUCGCACGGUUACCCCAGCGACUCUGUGACGCUGGCGUCGUCCAUAGCGACGCAGCCGGAGCUGAUCACAGUGCACAUGGAGAAGGGAGACAAAGGCUUUGGGUUCACCAUCGCAGACAGCCCUGCAGGGGGAGGACAGAGGGUCAAACAGAUCGUAGACUACCCCCGCUGCAGGGGCCUGAAGGAGGGGGACAUUAUUGUGGAGGUGAACAAGAGGAACGUCCAGAGCAUGAGCCACAACCAGGUGGUGGACCUGCUCAGCAAGUGCCCCAAAGGAAGUGAGGUCACCAUGCUGGUGCAGAGAGGUGGAGGGGUGGCUCCUGCAAAGAAGAGCCCAAAGCUGCAGUUAGCGAGGAAGGACAGUCAGAACAGUUCUGUGCACAGUGUGUCCAGCCACCAGAGUACCCACACUGACUCCCCUGUGCACCCAUCCCUGGCCACCCCAUUCAGCGAGAGCGCCGCCCCCCCACCCCCCUCCCAGCCCCUGCCCGGCCUGCCUCCCCAGGACCCUCAGGCAGACGGAACCAUCCAGAGGAAACCGGACCCCUUCAAGAUCUGGGCCCAGUCCAGGAGCAUGUAUGAAAGUAGGCUGCCUGACUUCCAGGAGCAGGACAUCUUCCUGUGGAGAAAGGACACGGGCUACGGGUUCCGGAUCCUGGGAGGGAACGAGCCAGGAGAGCCGAUCUACAUAGGGCACAUAGUGAAGUACGGGGCAGCGGAUGAGGACGGGCGCCUGCGUUCGGGGGAUGAGCUCAUCUGUGUGGACGGCACGGCGGUGGUGGGGAAGUCUCACCAGCUGGUGGUACAGCUGAUGCAGCAGGCCGCCAAGCAGGGCCACGUCAACCUCACCGUGCGACGGAAGACGGGCUACGGUGGGUCUAAAGGGGAGGGCGAGGUGCCCCCGUCCCCAGCCUCGUCCCACCACAGCAGCACACAGGCCCCCUCCCUGACAGAGGAGAAGCGGACCCCCCAGGGCAGCCAGAACUCCCUCAACACGGUCAGCUCCGGCAGUGGCUCCACCAGUGGCAUCGGCAGCGGGGGGGGCGGGGGGGGCUCGGGGAGCACCGUGGUCAACACUGCCCUGCAGCCCUACGAUGUGGAGAUCCGCCGCGGGGAGAACGAGGGCUUUGGAUUUGUGAUUGUCUCUUCUGUGUCCCGACCAGAGUCUGGCACCACCUUUGCUGGAAAUGCAUGUGUGGCCAUGCCCCACAAAAUAGGUCGUAUUAUUGAGGGGAGCCCUGCGGACCGCUGUGGGAAGCUGAAGGUGGGAGACCGUAUCCUGGCCGUCAACGGCUGCUCCAUCACCAACAAGUCCCACUCGGACAUCGUCAACCUGAUUAAGGAGGCCGGGAACACCGUCACGCUAAGGAUCAUUCCUGGAGACGAGUCCUCUAAUGCAUCACUGCUGACCAACGCUGAGAAGAUCGCCACUAUAACAACUACUCACACAGCCCAACAACAGGCUACACCUGAGCCCAGAAACAACACCAAACCAAAACAGGAGUCCUCUUUUGAGUUCAAAUCCCCCCAGGCCCCUCCUCCCCCCGCCCCAACAACACAACCUCCAGCCCAGGAUGCUGGCUUCUACUCGGUGGACCUGGAGAGAGAGAACAAAGGUUUUGGGUUCAGCCUGAGAGGAGGUCAUGAGUACAACAUGGACCUGUAUGUGCUGAGAUUAGCCGAGGAUGGAGCAGCUGUACGCAAUGGCAAGAUGAAGGUGGGAGAUGAGAUCUUGGAGAUAAACGGUGAGAGCACCAAGGGCAUGAAGCACGCCCGCGCCAUCGAACUGAUUAAAAACGGCGGUCGCCGUGCCCGCCUAGUCCUCAAACGGGGCGACGGCUCGGUGCCUGAAUAUGACCCCAGCAUCGACGGUGCCGGCACAGCCGCAGGGGUACAAAACGCUUCGGAAGUGAGCACCCUGCCCUACAACAAUUCACCAUCGGACACGAAUGCACCAGUCCCUCACAAACCAUCACGGAGCAAGAACAAGAAGGGCCACCACCAUUCCAAACACCGAUCCCCGGAAAAGAAGAGCCAGGGAGGGGCGUCUGGGGAGACGAGGGCCUCCAAGCAGUCCAAGAAAAAAGUUGACAAGAGCCAGAGGUCUGGCGGGGAUAUCCACAGCACUCACCACCGAGGACACCACUCCCCAAAUAAGGGCCGUAGCCGGGCCCGCAGCGCAGAGAACACCCUAGACAGUAGACAUGGCCAAAGGCACCACAACACCCACCGCUCUCCCUACAGGUCCACUCACCGCAAUCGGUCCCCCUAUGGCCACCGGUCCCCCUACCGCUCCCCUCACCGCUCACACCACCACUCCCCCACCCGCUACCGCCGUACCCAAUCCUCAGACCCCUCCCGGCAGCCCUCCCUAGACAGACAGCGAAACAGAGAGCCAGAGAGGCCCAACGGGAAGAAGGCACCAGUGCUGAGGAAGCCUCCUGGCCCUGUGCCCAGCCCCUUCCUGGAUGAGAGCCUCCUACAGGAGCCCCCAGCCCUGGACCGGCUCAACAGGGAGGUUACGCGACUGAGGGAGUCCAGAGAGGAGCAUCUGUUUGGGGAGGACAGCCUUCUGCUGAGGGCCUCCAACCUGGAGCGUGACUACAGAGGAGACAGCCUGUUAUCUGCUGCUGCCCGUGGCCAGAGAGGGGAGAUCCUUCCCAGGGUCCACACCCCUGAGUCAGACAGCGCCUACAAGAGGUACAGCUCACUGCUGAGGGGCCGCUCGCCUGAGAGGGUGGAGAGAGAGCCGCGCUACGCCCCCAGGCAUGAGUCCCCAGACCACCACCAUAGAACCCGUAGCCUGGGCCGAGACAUUUCACCUGUCCGAAGCUUCAGAGAACCGGAGGAGGAGGAAGCGGCAGCACCCAGACUGAAGGAGUAUUACAACACACUUAAGUCUAAUGCCAGCCGUGCUUCCAAAGCUCUCCCGGAGCCCAAGCGGAAGGCCCAUAAAGAUGGCACCAAAGACCUGAGCAUCUGAUGGGUCAUCUGCUGUAACACAACCAGCCUCCCCUCCGACCUCCCCACAGCAACACAGUUCCCCCUCACCACUCAGCUCUACUCUUCACACAGCAGAACACACCUGGACCUUGGAUGAACCAAAUGUAUUGAUUAUAUGACAUUCCUGCUUUCCUACUAGACAGUGAUUCCAAAACCUAUCAACUUUUUCUGUUUGUUGGAUUUUUUGGGGGUCGUUAGUUGGUUAAGCAUUGUAUAUUUAUCAGAAUUUUGCAGAAAAUGUAAAACCGAAAAAAACAAUGAUGUGCCUAACAGUUAUUUUAAUGAGUGUAUUUUUCUUUUGUCUUUGUUUGAUAUGAGAUGAGUGUUUUCUCAGCCGAAAGUGGUAUGUACUUUUCCACUGAGCCCAAGGAGGUAGGCAUUACACAGCCCCAGUGACUAGUGCCACUGACACAGAUGCUGUGCAUGUCUUUACGGUUUCAAUGUCUUCUCUUUUCUUUCUCUCCCCCAGUGCCACUGUUUUUAGACAUUUGACCAGACUAUAGCACAAGCCUGCAUUUGUUUGUAUAUUUUUGGACAGUGUGCAGUAUGUGUACAUUCAGAGGUGAUCAUUUUAAACAAAUGAAGGGGAGGAUAAAGUUGAACUAUGAUGAUGAUGUUAAAAUUAAAAUAAUAUAUCAAACAUA